CCAGACCUGAAUUUCCUAAAGCAGUAGAACACAAUUAUCAAAAGCGGAGCAGCCCACUGAACUAUCAGCUAUGGACAACUGGAACAACUCGACAUCGUGGCAGCAACAGUUCCAGCGCGGCGGGCAGGGUUCGGCAAAUGAGUACGCUAGUGGCAGCGGUGGAGAUCCGCCAGUGACGAGACAGGACCGCCAUGCCCGGGACUUCCGCUCGUCGGGGGAGGCGUAUAGCGGGGGACGGGGCACGCGGGGGCGGCACCGUGGAGGUCCACCACCUCGCGGUGCAUUCCCUGGCCGUCGUGGCAGGGGGAGGCAGGCACCCGCCCCCUUCUCUGUCGAUGCCGAGGAGUUCGUCCCGCGCAGCCAGCAGAGUGGCCAAGUCAAUGGCACCAACUGGGAGGAUGCUCCUGAAUUCAUCCCAGCAGCCCAACAGCAGCAGGGGGCAGGCUCAACACAAGACAAGUCUGCUGGCAGGGCCGACGUGUCAGCUGAGAACGGUAGCUGUGUGAAUGGGAUCGUCAGUGAGAGCAGCACCACAGACAACAACAGCAGCAGCAACAACAGCAACAACAACAACAACAACAGCAGCAGCAAGGGUAAUGGUGACAGCGAGAAGGGCGGCACCGGCGGAGACGGUGACGGCGGGCUCGCGUCUCGCCGUGCCCCUUUCGGGCAGGGUGCCAAGAGGCGGCCGGACACGCAGUGGCGCGGCUCGGCCAGGGGCCGGGGGAGGGGCGGGGGUGGGAGGGGCGGCUGGCAGCCGCAGCAGCGCCGGCAGCCCGUGGGGGCGGACGACGCCCGCAACCGCAACUGGCGGGAGCCGGCGCCCGAGUACGACCAGCCACCGUCACCGGCGCGCCGUCCCACCUCGGAUUCGCCGGUGAUAAAUGGGGAAGGUGCAGACAACACACACGGUUCGCCAGCUUACGGUGGUGGUAGCCGUGGCGGCAGGGUGAGGGAGCGGCAGUGGAGAGGAGGAGGCGGUGACCGACCCCGACAGGUGGGCAGCGGGCGAUUCACGGACAGCGGCGGACGGCGGGUGCAGGAUGGCGGCCGCUACAGCGACUGGCAGGCCGGGGAAGGCAACAGGGACAGAGGCAGAACGGCAUCGGACAGUGGGGGGUCUGGCCCGGUCGAGCGAGAAGCCGAAAACGGCGAAACAGAAGUGCGAAGAGAUGCGCCGGACGGCAGGCAGAAGACGGCGCCCGCUCAGCACGGGAGGUCUGACUCGAAGAUGUGGAGGGGCGUUACUGGCGGGAGCAGCAGGGGCCACACGGAACAGCCAGCUGCAGCCAGCGGGGAGGAGGCGGAGGCGGCGGUGGCAGUAGACGCGGCAGCAGCUCAGGGCCCGGUGCCGGCUGAUAGACAACCUGAAGAAGACAGCCGGAGUAGGAGGGGGCAGCCAGCCGACAGCGGUGGAAACCGCAGCGUGGGCAGCCCACGGAGCCGCGCCCACCAGCCCUACCGAGGUGAGGAUGGGGCCUCGGACUCGGGGCACCGCGAGCGACUCUCGGUCCAGCUGAUGCGCAGCACGCUGGAGUGCCUGGUGUGUUGCGAGCGACUGCGGCCGCGGGACCCCGUCUGGAGCUGCGCAGCCUGCCACCACGUGCUGCACCUGGGCUGCACGCGCCGCUGGGCCCGCUCCAGCCGCACCGCAGAUUCAGGAGGCUGGCCGUGCCCGGCGUGCCGGCACGAGGUGCCCCGCGUGCCGACGGAGUACCGCUGUUGGUGUGGGAAGCGGCGCGACCCCGAAUGGACCCCGUACGAGGUGCCGCACAGCUGCGGAGAGAUGUGCGGCAAGCCACGCGGCGGCACUCCCGUGACCGGCCAGGAGGAGCAGCACGGCAGAGUGGAUAGUGGAGGUGACGGCUGCACCCACCGCUGUACACUGCUCUGCCACCCGGGGCCGUGUCCUCCCUGCACCGUCCAGGUCAACAGGUCAUGCGGCUGCGGCCGGGAGAGCCGGCUGGUGGUGUGCGGGCAGCAGGUGCUGUGCGGUGCGACGUGCGGCCGCGCCCUGUCCUGCGGACGGCACCGCUGCGAGCGGACCUGCCACCCGGGGCCGUGCGGGAGGUGCGAACUGGUAGAGACCAAAGUGUGCUGGUGCGGCAAGACAACUCGAGAGGUACCCUGUGACUCGGACGAGGCCCGAGCCGACAGCUUCGCUUGCGGCGAGGUGUGUGGACGCGCGCUGGCGUGCGGCAACCACCGGUGCGAGGCGGCGUGCCACGAGGGUCGGUGUGCCCCCUGCGCUCUCUCGCCGGACGUCGUCACCCACUGCCCCUGUGGCAAGGUGGCUCUGCGGGACAUGCAGGGCACUGCAGGAGAAGCAGGAGGUGUGACUGCAUCGACAGCAGAGUCUGGAGGUGCCUCGGACGCUACAGAGUCCAGUCCGGAGGAGACCGGCAGGCCGGCUCCGGAUACGGGUGCAACUGGGGUGUCGCAAGAGGAAGACUGUGAGGAAAAAGCCUCCGGAGAAGUAGGUUACGUGAGAACUUCGUGCCUCGAUCCAGUACCUACGUGUGGCCAAGUUUGCGGCAAGCUGCUGCCGUGUGGCCAGCCCUCACAGCCACACGAGUGUGCGGCUCCGUGUCACACGGGGCCGUGCCCGCCGUGUCCACUGGUGACGAGUGUCAAGUGCCGCUGCGGCAGCCUCGACAAGGAGCUGCCCUGCUGCGAGCUGACCACACGUGCCGACGACGCCCGCUGCAGCCGCCGUUGCACCAAGAAGCGCGCCUGCGGCAAGCACAAGUGCGGGCAGGAGUGCUGCAUCGAGCAGGACCACACGUGCCCGCUGGUGUGCAACCACGUGCUGAGCUGCGGCAAGCACCGCUGCGAGGAGCUGUGCCACCGCGGCAACUGCAAGCCCUGCCUGCAGUCCAGCUUCGACGAGCUGACGUGCGAGUGCGGGGCGCAGGUGAUCGAGCCGCCGGUCCCGUGUGGCACGCGGCGCCCCACCUGCGACCGGCCGUGCCCGCGCGAGCACCCCUGCGGCCACGCCCCGCUGCACAGCUGCCACUCCGAGCCCACCUGCCCGCCCUGCACGGUGCUCGUGCAGCGCUGGUGCUACGGUGGACACGAGCUGCGGAAGGCGGUGCCAUGCCACCAGACGGAGCUGUCGUGUGGCCGACCGUGUGGGAAGGACCUCCCUUGCGGGCGGCACACGUGCGCGACGGCCUGCCAUGCAGGGCCUUGCCCGCAGACGUGCACGCAGCCCUGCACCAAGCAGCGCCAGCUCUGCGGACACCCGUGUGCGGCACCUUGUCACGACGGGCCCUGUCCCGACACGCCGUGCCGCGAGAUGGUGGUAGUGACCUGCGAGUGCGGACACCGCUCCACCACGCGCCCCUGUGCAGAGAAUGUCAACGAAUACCGCCGCAUCGCCAUGUCGCUGCUCGCUGCCAAGAUGACGGACGUGCGUGCGGGCCGCACGGUCGACCUUACGGACCUGGCUGGCACACCGCGAGGCAUAACUCUGAAAACCCUGGAUUGCAACGAUGAGUGCAAGAUCGUGGAGCGCAGCCGGAGGUUGGCCAUCGCCCUGCAGAUCCGCAAUCCGGACCUGUCCGCCAAGCUGACCCCGCGCUACUCGGACUACAUGCGGCAGUGGGCCAAGAAGGAUCCCGCAUUCUGUGCCAUGGUCCACGACAAGCUGACGGAGCUGGUCAAGCUGGCCAAGGAGUCCAAACAGAAGAGUCGCAGUUACUCAUUCGACCCGAUGAACCGUGAGAAGCGCCACUUCGUUCACGAGUACUGCGAGCACUUCGGCUGCGAGUCAGUUGCCUAUGACCAGGAGCCCAAGAGGAACAUCGUGGCCACUGCAUCCCGAGAUAAGGCGUGGCUGCCCAGCAUGAGCCUGCUGGAGGUGAUACAGCGGGAGAGCGGCCAGCGCAAGAUCCCCAAGCCCGUCAUCUCGUCGACCGGCCGAGCGCAGCCUGCUGCCAGGCCGAUGGAAGUUCUCAGUGCGAGCAGCCCUUCACAGCAACAGCAGCCGCUAUCUGAAAGAGAGUCUUCCAGCUGGGUGACCAUGGUGGGCCCCAGCACCGGUACUGUGCCGACAGCGAGCUCGUCCACUGCGGCCACCGCCACACAGCCCCGACAGCAGUCGGAGUACGGCGGCGAGUCCUAGCGGCCACUGGGGGACGACUGCACCACGGCAGAACUCCUCCGCUGCUGCCAGACGCGGUCCACGAGGAAGUUUCACGGCGUGGCUUACGGUACCGGAUUCUCCGCCAUCAUGAGACGUCGUAACGUUUGUGACGAGGGGAGCCUUACGCUUCCGGACGGCUGCACUGUCGUCCCGACAGGUUACUCCUGCCGAGUCUGCAAAUUACUGGUUGUCUGUUGUUAAGAGCACUGUUUGCCUUACAGAGGAAAUUUCCACUUUGAGAGAAGUUGCUUUUAUUGAGUUCUAGUAAUACCUAUUUUAUCGUGCCGCUAGUUGGUAUUGGGUAUUUUGUUGCUGACAAGUUCAUUAAAUAAUAUUGUUACAGUCUUUAUGUGGAAAAUAAGCCACAGUAAGUGUAUUUUAACUUUACUACAUAUUAUGCAAGAGAUAGACCAUUUACAUCAUUUGAAAUUUUUUGAGGGGAGGGGCGGAGGAGGUGAAGCAGAGACUGGGAGAGAAAUAACAUGCAAUUUAUUGUGCCUGUGCAGAAUUCUUUGUUUUGAUAAUAUCUGUAUAGCGUGUGCCUCUUGUUGCCUGGUAAUUGUUGAACCAGUAGAUUGAAUCCAAUUUUUGAGCCAGCACGUGACUUUGUCAGUUACCUAACCGAGCUUCUCCAGGGUCAGGUAUUGUUGUUCAGGCUACUGCUGUAAUAUUUGGUAAUUAAAAAGAGAAAAAAAAAACAGAUUUGGGCCUGUUGUCCUAGAUUUGUGUAAAUGGGCAUAUAUGUAAUGUUAUCACUGCAUUAGCUCCAUAUUGUUAAUCUAUACUCUUAAGGUUGAUGAAUUAUUCAAACUUUGUGAACUUAUUUUAUAAAAAUCCAGCAAGUGUGAGACGGCCAUGAUAUAAGUGGAUUGACCUACAGUCCCUAGAUUAAUUCUACUGUUUCAUUCCUGUUAUGGAUGAUUCCACAGAAGUUUGAAGACAAACUUGUUAUUUAUAUGAUUACUAUAUUUACAAUUAUGAGUAUUGCUUAUAGAUUAAUUUUAUUUGACUGUGUGUGUGAUAGCCAGACACCACCAUCCUUCAUUGUUGCAUUCUGUUGUAUACAUAAUUUAGUGAGAGAUUAAAAAUGUGGGCAGGAUACGUAAUCAAAUUUUGACUUCUGUCUUGUGCUGCAACACUUUCUGAAUUGUAAAUUUCUUUUGUCGUGUACCCAUUUUCUUGUCAUUUGUUUUUGCCCGUGACACCAAAAUCUUCAGGUUAGAAAAUUGAGUGGAGCCAAUUCUGUCCAGGAUGCCUUUGCUCUAAAUGUUGUCUCCCAGCAUUACAUUGAUAUUUGUUUGCAAUUAAUUGCCUGGGCAAGGCCUUUAUAUUUAUGUGCAGACAUUCAUCACAGCAUUCAAGGACUUAUGAGGAUGUUUUUGGAGCUUUCAUUGUUGAACACCAGUAAAAUGGCACACAUUGCUGUAAUCCGAUCAAAAUGGACAAGCUUGAACUCUGCCUGCAGAAAUUGCACAUCUUCUGACACCAGUCACUGACAGCUUGGCAUCACAGGACAGUUUGUAGAAUAGGCAAAUAACUGUUUCAGAUGAGUGUCAAUCCCCCCUUGCACGUGUCUGAAACGGGGAGGGGCAUCUGUGUUACUAUAUGUCUAAAACAGUAACCUGUUCCAGUUACAAGUCACCUGUCUAACUGCUUUUAGGGGCAACAAAAAAUUAAUGUUCAGUAUUUCCUAUAAUUAUUGACCAAAUUUGAAAUACUGUCAUAAUCUACUCAGUAAGAGAUAUGACCUAAUGUUAAAGGUUUAACGCUGUCUGAUAUUACAUGUACAUUAUUUAUUUUGUGUAAGGAAACAAGGACGAGCCUGAUUACUAGGAAGUCAUGAUGCAGGUUUUGUUUACUUUACUUGUCCAUAAGGUGGCUAUUGUAUCGUAUUUAUGAGGUUCCGUUUGGUUAUAUUAAACAAACGUGUACAGAUACAGAAAAAUAUUUAUUGUACAAAAAUCUGCAACUGCUAAACUACUUUUCUACACAGCUUCCGAAAUUUUGUAGACACUUGUCACAGCGUGGCACAAGUUUUUGUAUGCCUUCUUCAUAGAAGGUUGCCACCUGUGUAUUCAACCGUGUGGUAACAUGUUCUUUCAGCUCGUCAUCAUUUUUCAGUAGCAAUUUCAUGAAUUUGUGAACGUGAGAUUUGCGGAACUUCCAUAGCAAGGGCACUAAGUGUAAACUUGCGGUUGUGCUUAAUCUUAUCUUCAGUUGUGUGAACCAGUUCAUCAGUAACCACAGACGGGCAUCCACUUCCUUCCUCAUCGUGCACUCGACCACGUCCUUCAUUGAACAGUCUGACCCACCUUUUAACCAUUGAAUCACUCAUAGCAUUUUGUCUGUAAACCUCUCAGAUUUGCCAAUGAAUUUCCUUUGGUUUAACUUUCUUUGCAUUUAGAAAACGAAUCAAAGAUCUGAUUUCACAUGCGGUGGCAUUUUCAAUUACAGCUGACAUUAUAAAGAAGCACUAAAAAGCACACGUUGGCAGCAGAGCGAUCUGAAAAUGGCGAACAUGUCUUCUCCUCGAGUCAGAGUAACUUCCGUGCACGAUCGGAACUGAGAUCGUAGCGCUGCUGCAGAUAGAAACAGAAACUUUGUGGACGAUCCUCGUACAUUGUCCCAUGCCAGAACAUGCUAUGAAUCGACGACAGACCCAUUCAUUACUCAGUGCUAUUCAGAGACAUACAGUACAAUGCGAUGGAGCAUUACCAGUACAGAUUUGAAGAACUCGCUGAUAUACAUCUUACGUAUGGGGAAGUACGUUACAAUGCUCUCUCUGCUGAAGGACUGUAAAGGGAACGAUUUCCUGACAGGCAUUGUCCAUCAUGAUGAGUGUUUAUUUCUCUUGAUAACCGAAUGCGGGAAACUGGUUCGUUGGAAAGGAGAAACAAAGAACCUGGCAACAUGAGGACAACUCGCACUCCUGAUUUUGAAGAGGAGGUGCUGGACCCCACUACAAGUACUCGUCAUAUUGCAUGCGAAACGGGCGCUGCACGUACUAGCGUGUGCCGAGUACUCUGCGAACAAUUAUUACUCCCGUAUCGCCCACGAGUUCAUGCAAUGCUUGUGACUGACCUGUACACCAAGUGUCAAUAGUCGCUCCAACAAUGAAUUGAUUGAGCAGAUUUCCUCAAGACCGUGCUGUUUACCCACGAGGUCUCACUUGAUCGUGAUGAUAUUUCGAACGGCAGUAACAGUCAUGUGUAGGUUGAGGAAAACCUCGUGCUGUAGGACAGUCACACGAUUGGACAUUUUACUGUGAAUAUCUGGGCCAGCAUUGUAGGCGACAACCUCAUUGGGCCAUAUCUUCUACAUGGCCAUCUGAUUGGCCAGCUGUGCUCAUGGUUCAUCCAAAGAAUUCUACCAGAGUUGUUGGAGAACGUACCCUUGGCUGUUCGUGAGAGGAUGUGGAUACAACAUGACGCUGCACUACCUCACUUCAAUGUGGAUGUCCACAAACAUCUCAGUGCUGUAUUUUCUGGUCACUGGAUUGAAAGGGGAGGUCCUAUUUCAUGGUCUGAGAGUCCACCUGACUUGAAUCCCCUUUAUUAUUUCCUAUUGGGAUAUCUAAAGUCAUUUGUGUGUGAGACCUCUGUGGACACAGAGAUCGAAUUAGUUGCCAGAAUUGUAGCUGCCUGUGAUGUAAUUCAAAAUACACCAGGGAAAUUUGUCAGGGUGCACCAGAAUCUUGUUCGCCAAUGUCAUGAUUGCAUUGAGGUUGAUGGCUCUCAGUUUCAGCACGUUUUGUAAGAUACAGGACAAAUAGUACGGGUCAUUGUAUCAAUGAUGGUAUCUGUAGUUAACUGUAACUAAUGUAAAUAAAC